AUGGUGAAGUUCGAGGUGACCGUGCACCUGUGCUGCGAACCGGCGGUGUACAUCCACGACAAAGACCAUCCAUCGUAUAAGCGGUUCCACAAAGAGAAGCUCGGCACGAAGGAGAUGGAGGUUUUAUCCAACGAGCUUCUGCCCGAUGGCAGGGUCAAGGUGGUGACGCGCCAGGUGCCCGGCAUCAAGCUCCCGCGCGUGGUGCGACCGGUGCUUCGGGGAAAGGAGGUUGAGUUCAGGGACACCCGCACCUACGUCGAGGCUGAGAAGGGUAAAUUUCCAUUCACGCAGACGUUCCACACGGUGAACAACAUCACCGACCGGGCAGUCGUGGAAGGGACGAUCACCGUGAGCCAGGACACGGACGCGCGGACGAAGCUGCACGUCGAGGGCGAGUGCGUCGUGAAGAUAACCGGCUUGGGCGGAAAGAUCGAGUCCAUCAUCGUCGAGAACCUCAUGCGGUCGUACCGGCGGUUGCCGGACAUCGUCGCCGAGUGGAUGACCAUGCGGGAGGCGAUGCUCGCGAACCCGCAGCCGAGAGUUCCGCCCGCGGUGCACGCCCCGACCCGUGCACCCGGCGACGACGGCGACGACGAAUCCUUCUCCCCCACCGAGUCCGACGCCGGCUCAACGUCUUCGUUCCUAUCCGCCGCGUCGGAUCUGGGCUCGGUGUCGGGCGCGUCGUCCAACGGAGAGAGUGAUCGCGAUAUGAACCGGCGGGGGACGGGCAGCGGGCGGGGAAGGGGGGACGCGAAGAGACUACCGAGCCCGGACGACGCGAGGUCGCCGCAGCCGUUUCCCAUCGCGCCGGACACGCCGCCGCUGGACAAGUACCUCAACAGGUUCAGAACCGCGGCGGGGUUCGAGAGCCUGAGCGGCGGAAGCGGCGGAGGAAGGAGCGACAUAGACAGCGCGGACGAGAGCGGGGGACGGCCGGGCGAUCGCGGCGGCGGGGGGCGGGGAAGGUACUCGGACGGAACGUCGCGCGCGCGGGUCGGCGUGGUCGCCUCCUUGCUCCGCGCGUGUUGCUGCUACAGGGGCGAGGCGCUCCUGUCUGAUGUCGACUCGGACUCGGAGCGCGGCGGGGGCUCGCCCGACCAGAGCGGCUCGGACGGGUACGUCUCGGGGCGCGACGGGGAGUUCGAGGGAGCGCCAGACUCCAUCCUCACCCCGCUCACGCCCGGGGCGAGGAACAAGAGGCGGACGCGGCCGAGGGCCGGCCGGUGA